AUGGCGGGUGCCCGCACCGUGCUGGUGACGGGUUGCGACGGCGGCCUGGGGCUGGGGCUGGUGAAGGCGCUGCUGGAGCUGCCCAGCCCUCCCCAGCACCUCUUCGCCGCCUGCCUCGACCCCGGCAGCAAGGCCAUUAACGAGGUAGCUUUGGGCUGCCCCAGCGUCGUGGUGCUGCGCAUAGAUACCACCGACCCCGCCAGCAUCAAGGAGGCGGCCGCAGCGGUGUCGGAGCGGCUGCAGGGCGUGGGGCUCAACCUGCUGCUCACCGGCGCGGGCCCUGCGCGGCGCCGCGGCAGCCUGGCCAGCGAGACGGCCGAGUCCAUGCUGCUCAGCUACGCCRCCAACACCGUGGGGCCGCUGCAGGUGUGCCAGGCCUUCUUGCCCCUGCUCCUGGAGGCGGCCCGCGCCGGGGGUGCCAUGAGCUGCAGCAGGGCGGCCAUCGUGAACCUCUCCAGCAGCCUGGGCUCCAUCGCAGCCACACCGGCCUGGGAGCGUGGGCAGGACAUCGGCUACCGCUGCAGCAAGGCUGCUCUCAACAUGCUCACCAAGUGCCUGGCCCUGGAGUACGGUGGCAGCGGCAUCCUCUGUGUGGCCCUUGCCCCUGGCUGCGUGAUGCCCCCUGCGGACAGCGAGACGGAACCCGUGUCACUGGAGGAGAGCACGCGGGGCAUCCUGCACGUGCUGGCCACGCUCUCGGCCACCAGCAACGGCACCUUCCUUGACUGGCGAGGGCAGAGCCUGCCCUGGUGA